CCUCUGCUUGGAGAGCUUAUCCUGAGCAGCCUCUAACAGGCUAUUGCUUCUCUACAACUAAGAUAUGAUCAUCUUUAUUUCCUUAUUUGUCUUGCUGUGGGAAGAGGCGCAUGGAUGGGGAUUCAACAACGGGAUUUUUCAUAACUCUAUAUGGCUUGAACAGGCAGCUGGCGUGUACCACCGGGAAGCACGGUCAGGCCGCUACAGGCUCACGUACGCCGAGGCCAAGGCCGUGUGCGAGUUCGAGGGCGGCCGGCUCGCCACCUACAAGCAGCUGGAGGCGGCCCGUAAAAUAGGAUUUCACGUCUGCGCUGCUGGGUGGAUGGCCAAGGGCAGAGUUGGAUACCCCAUUGUGAAACCGGGGCCCAACUGUGGAUUUGGAAAAACUGGUAUUAUCGAUUAUGGAGUCCGUCUUAAUAGGAGUGAAAGAUGGGAUGCCUAUUGCUACAACCCACAUGCAAAGGAGUGUGGUGGAGUCUUUACAGAUCCAAAGCGAAUUUUUAAAUCUCCAGGCUUCCCAAAUGAGUAUGAUGAUAACCAGAUCUGCUACUGGCACAUUAGAGUCAAGUAUGGUCAGCGUGUUCACCUGAGCUUCCUGGACUUUGACCUUGAGGAUGACCCAGCCUGCUUGGCUGACUAUGUUGAAAUAUAUGACAGUUAUGAUGACGUCCAUGGUUUUGUGGGAAGGUACUGUGGAGAUGAGCUUCCAGAAGACAUCAUUAGUACAGGAAAUGUCAUGACCUUGAAGUUCCUAAGUGACGCUUCAGUGACAGCGGGAGGUUUCCAAAUCAAGUACGUAGCAGUGGAUCCUCUAUCCAAAUCCAGUCAAGGAAAAAACACAAGCACUACUUCUACUGGAAAUAAGAACUUUUUAGCUGGAAGAUUUAGCCAUUUAUAAAACAAAAAAGGACACUCAGUGUUUAUGUUUGCAUCUUUUGGAAGCCCUUUGAUCUCACUUUUAUAUUAUUAUUAAUAACAUUUAUUUAUUAUUUUUCUAAAUGUGAAAGGCAAUAUCUGAUACUUUGGGGGAAAUUGGAAAAUACAGAAAGCUUUAAAUGAGAAAACAAAAUCUCUCAUAAUCUUACUGCAUAAAAAUAACAAGCAUUAACAUUUAUAUAUCUGUUUCUUUUAGUUAUUUUUUAAUUUGUGAUAUAUGUAUCUAUACGUAUUUGUAUUUGAAAUUUGGGGAUCCUGGUCCGUGAACAGUUUAAUAUCUUAGUAUUUUUAACCUUGAACUUUAUGGUUUGAGGAUUUUCCCAUAUCAUUGAGUAUUCUGCAAAACAGUUUGAACAGCUGUAAAAUAUUCCAUGGUAUGAUUGCUCCAUACUUUAUUGUAGGAAUUUUAUGUUGCUUUCAUAAAUAUUGCUGCAAUAAAUAUCCUUGAACAUA